AUGUCCGAUCGAGCCAGUCAGGCACUUGCAAUAGGCGUGCCUCCUGGCGUACCUAAAUCAUACCGUGCCCUAGCAGAUCAUCGCGGCGUCCCUCGCUCUACCCUCCACGAUCGUGCACACGGACAACGCUCAAUAGAAGAGAAGGCCGUGAGCCAACAAUAUCUAUACCCUUCGGAAGAAGAUGCCGUCGUCAAGUUUCUUAUGCAAAUGGCUGAUCUUGGACAACCUAUGCGAAUGAAGCAUAUACCUUGGAUAGCCUUCGGUGUCACCCAUAACCGACCCGAGUCGGACAGACCAAGCAAGCCUCCAGGCAAGAACUGGGCCAAAGCCCUCGAAAACCGCCAUCCUGAACUCCAAGCAAGGAGAGUCAGGGCGCUAGACUGGAACCGUCACGAGAGAAACACCUAUAAGAAGAUUAUACAC